GUGAGCCCGGGGCUCGAGCGGUAAGGGGAGGGGGGGAAGAGGGGUUUUCUCGCUUUUUAUCUUUCUUUAUUCCCUCCUCCUCCUCGUUUUGGGCGGAUUUUGAGGGGUGCCAAUAUUAAUUCACAUCCCAGCGGUGCUGCCCAGGUUACCGUGCGUCCCGCGCGCCGCGCAGGUGAUGCUGGUGCACGGGGACCCGCGCGCAGAAAGACGGCAUUUUCCAGACGUUCGGACGGUAAAAGGAGAGACGGUGCAUCUUGGACAUUGGAGAAUGGCUGGAAGGCGCGAGCCGUUUCGCUUGUUGACCAUUACACAAUAGAAAACAAGAAGACAUUUCAAAUGAGGAAACUAAAGAAACGUGGUGGUCAGUCUGGAGCCAGCAGGGGCAGAGGAAGGGGCAGGGGCGGGGAUACUGCCUCCAGCCAAUCAGAACUAGACAUUUUGCUCCGUCCGCCAUCCCCAUGCAGGCUGAACUUCUCUAUGACCAGAGAGACGCUGACCUAUGCCCAGUCACAGAAGAUGGUGGAGGUGGAGCUGGAGGGGAGGAUCCACCGGAUCAACAUUUUCGAUCCGCUCGCGGUUGUCACUGAGGAUGAACUGCUGGCGCAGGAAGUGCAAGAGUGCAACAGCAACAAAGAAAACAGCGAGCAGGACCUCAGUCAUGGCCGUCAAGGACGCAACACCUCUGCUAACAAAGGUAGGAAGAAGGACAGCAGAAAUGGAGGCGGCAGGGCAAGACGCUUUGGUUCUCAGCAAUUUUCACACCAUGAGAUCCACCAAACUCAACUUGAAGGAUCUUUGCCUAAGCCCACUUUCCGCAAACUGGACACUUUCACUCCUUCUGAGGCCCCAUGUCUUCCUGUGGCCUAUUAUCGCUACGUGGAAAAAUCUACAGAAGAGCUAGAGACAGAGGCAGAGUACGAUAUGGAUGAGGAAGACAUGGCCUGGCUGGAGAUGGUUAAUCAGAAGCGAGUUUCAGACGGCCAUGCUUCUGUUCCACCUGACACGUUCGAGUUGCUGAUUGACCGGCUGGAGAGAGAGUCCAUCGUAGAGUCCAGGAGCCAAGCCCUAUCUCAAAAUACUAUUGACGAGGAUGCAUACUGCUGCGUCUGCAUGGAUGACGAAUGCCUCAACAGCAACGUCAUCUUAUUCUGCGACAUCUGCAACCUGGCCGUGCAUCAGGAAUGUUACGGCGUGCCCUAUAUUCCAGAGGGUCAGUGGCUGUGCCGUCGUUGCCUGCAGUCUCCAUCAAGGCCCGUGGACUGUGUUCUGUGUCCAAACCGUGGUGGUGCCUUCAAACAGACAAGCGACGGGCGCUGGGCACACGUGGUGUGUGCCAUCUGGAUCCCAGAAGUGUGUUUUGCUAACACUGUGUUUCUGGAGCCAAUAGAGGGCGUCAGUAACAUUCCUCCUGCGAGGUGGAAGCUAACCUGCUAUCUGUGCAAGCAAAGGGGGAGGGGCGCAUCCAUCCAGUGCCAUAAAGCUAACUGCUACCGGGCAUUUCACGUGACCUGUGCCCAGAGAGCAGGACUCUUCAUGAAAAUCGAUCCAGUGCGUGAGACGGGCACCAAUGGCACAACGUUUACCGUGAAAAAAACGGCAUACUGUGGGAGUCACUCACCAGCUGCAGCGGAAGGUGAGGAGGAUGAAGGUUUUGCAGGUGGUAGGAAUAACAGAGGUCAAAGGUCAUAUACGCUGGGCCCUACGGUGCAGCAGAACCAGCGCGGAAACAAAAAGGCUUCGCCCACGCCACAACAAAAGAAGACAAGGAAGAGUGCAGAUGGAGUUUCACGCAAAACAGGAGUGCCGCUUCUCCUCGUGCCCCAAAUCCCAUCCUACAGGCUGAAUAAGAUUUGCACCGGCGUGUCUGUUCAGAGGAAGAACCAGUUCAUGCAGAGGCUCCAUAAUUAUUGGCUGCUGAAGCGUCAUUCUCGUAAUGGUGUUCCGCUCAUCCGCCGGCUCCACUCACACCUUCAGGCGCAGAAAACUGAACAGAGGGAGCCAGAUGCAAGGUUGCAGGCCAUUAGAGAGGAGCUGAAAUACUGGCAGAAACUGCGUCAGGACCUGGAAAAAGCCCGUCUGCUGAUCGAGUUAAUCCGCAAGAGAGAGAGGCUCAAACGCGAGCAGAUGAAGCUGCAGCAGGCGGCUCUGGAGCUUCAGUUGACUCCCGCUCUGGUUCUGUUGCGCUCCACGCUUGAGCAACUGCAGGAGAAGGACACUGCCCACAUCUUCACUUCACCCGUUAACCUGAAGGAGGUUCCAGAUUAUCUGGAGUUUGUUUCUGAACCCAUGGAUUUCUCCACCAUGCGAGAGAAGCUAGAAGCCCACAAGUAUUGCUCAGUGUCGGAUCUUGAGGCAGAUUUUAACCUCAUGGUGUCCAACUGCCUAAGGUACAACUCCACAGAUACGGUGUUCCACAAGGCUGCCAUGCAACUGCGGGAGGUAGGGGGCGCUAUCUUAAGGCACGCCCAACGCCAGGCUGUCAGUGUGGGAUUGGACCCCAAAACAGGAAUGCAUCUGCCAGACUCAGCGGGAAAAACAAAUUCAAACCAGUCAUGCUGGGAUGAUGUGGACACUCUGCUGGAUGGUGCAAACAGAGUCCACAUGUCGCCAAAGGACCAACUGAAGGUGCUUUUAGACAAGCUGGACACAGUAACAUCCAUGCGCACCAGUGGGGGGCGCACUAAACGCAUGAGGCUGCUGCGGCGGGAGAUCAACAGCAUCCGGCACAAACUCAGCCACCAGCGAAGAACAUCAGGACUGCUUGACCGCAACACCAAGGAGGAAGAGGAGGGGGAGGAAGAAGGGCACAACGAGAAAAUUGAUUACACAGCCAUUCCAGAAUCCACAAAAUCAUCAUCUCAGAAACCUCUAGAGCCCACCUGUUCCACUUCCUCCCCUUUACCUGGUGAUGCUCCACCAAAUGCUCCGAUAUUCUGUCUGGAGACAGGAGGGACCACAACCUCCAGCCAGUCCAACAAACGGCAGGGAGGCAGGGGCCGGGGGCGAGCGAGGGGAAGAGGGAGGGGUCACAGUGAAGCUGGUGGACAGACAGAGGUGGAAGACGACAUGUUUCAGUCAAAAGAAAACAGACUGACGGUGGCUCCAAGUCCCAAGGAGGCAGAGCCUGUUAACGGAGUUUCUUCUCUGGAGAGCCCCCCUGCAUCACCCAAGCUGGGAGUGGGUCGCCGCACCUCUAUCCUCUUUAAAAAAGCUAAAAAUGGUGCUAGGCUAUCUAAAAGCAGUCCUGUUCUUCUCCAGAACGGACUCAGCGCUGAAGAAAUGUCUGAACAACUGCCUCAGGCGAAUUUACUGUCAGCUCCGCCCACCCCAAAAUCCUCUCCUCCCUCCCCACACCAGCUACGCUCCAGAGCGGCCAGCCCCGACAGCGAAACAGAGCGGUCCCGCUCACCCCCCAACCAAAAUGGCCUGACAAACGGUGUAAAGAAACAGAGGGAUAGCUCACCGGACUCAGAGAAUUCUUCUCCUGCUUACCAAAACCUCAGUUCUUCACCUCCCAAACGCAGUCGAGGAAAACCAGCUCUAAGUAAAGUUCCAGCAGCAGAGGGAGAGAACACAGAGGCUGAUUCAGCCAGGAGCAGUUCCCAGAAAGGUGACGACCUGGAGCCUCUGAGUUUGGUUUGGGCAAAAUGCAGAGGAUACCCCUCAUAUCCUGCAAUGACGGUAGACCCAGACAUGCCUAAAGAGGGAAUCCUUCAUAAUGGCAUCCCAAUCCCUGUGCCUCCUAAAGAGGUGCUGAAACUGGGCGAGCGCCGGCGGGCUGAGACUGAGGAUAAACUUUUCCUUGUAUUGUUCUUUGACACAAAGAGAACUUGGCAAUGGCUGCCACUGGAUAAACUCCAUCCGAUGGGGGUUGACGACACCGUGGAUAAGCUCCGCCUGAUGGAGGGAAAGAAACGAAAUGUGCGGAAGUCUGUGCACAUGGCGUACGAGCGUGCGAUGACACACCUCAGUCAUGUACGGGAAAAUGCUGACUUCAGCCCGUCCUCUUUCAUGUAAACCGCUUCUGGACGUGAUAUGACUGAAACAGACUGCUGCACUGCGGUGAAGUGAAUGUUGGGAAAUGAUUGGGGAAAUAAUAAUGAUGAUUUCAAAAAGUAACUUUAGCAGGAAAUUCCCUUAAUCUGUACUCUGUAUUCCAGAAAUGAAGAAAAGUCCCAUUGAAAUUAUGUUUUAAACUAAUUUAUAUAAAUAUUUUAUUCUCUCUGUCAAAAUGAUUGUUGAUAAUUUUACAUUUCAUUUUCCACAUAGAGGUACAUUAAAAUGUGCAGUGUGAGUUCAGUUUUGACAAACCUCACUGGUGGCCAGCUGUACCAGCUAUUUGGAAAUUCAAACGUAGGCUAAUUAUAGCAUUAUUAUUUAUUUGUUAUUUAUUAGCUACAAGAUUGUACAUUACUAAAUCAGAACAGCUUUCUUCAUGCAAAUGUUGGUUUUAAUAAGAGCUUAACUGCUAAUGUUACACUUUUAAUAUGCUAGGCCCACUUACUAGAACUGAUAUAGAAAAAUCUGGACUGAUGCUGCCAUUGUGGUGGUUGGACAGAAACCGUUAUUUUGAAAAGUUCAGAGAGUUUUUGAAAAUAUCAAAAUCAAUGAAUAAACAUUGAUAUUGAAUUAUAUUCAGUUCACUUAAAAACAAAAAUAUUUGUUGUUUUGUUCAAUAUUUAAUUUUUUUCAUGGGAUGACAUCUCAGUGUAAAAUGUUUCCAUUGUAGAUUGUUGAUUGAUUGGUUAUACAGCGUUUUCCUUUAUCAUAGUGUACGAUCUACAAAUGACUCCCUACUCACUAUAACAGUCAAUACGUAGGGCACAAAAUAGUUCUCUAUGUCUUACUUUGCGGCACACUGCUGGUGAUUAAAUCACUCAGAGUCAGCUGUCCUGUAGAAAAUUGGUCGCUGGUGGGUGUUCCAAACCAAGUGUGGACAGGCAGCGAGUUUGACUCAGUUGCUUGGUGAAACAGGGAACAGGAACCAAUAUAAACUAGCAGUCAGCCUACGUAGGCUAUGUUUAUUCACUUCGAGGCAAAUUAAGAAUGCUGAAGUUCUCGUUUUUUUUUUUUUUUCAAUGCAAUCUCCAUCUGACAUGAAAUCUCUAGUCAACUUAACUGUUUUAAUCUCACUUUGUUGAAACCCCUGUUUAAGAUGACAUAAUUUAGGUGUAUCAAGAAAGAAACAUAUUCCAGACGAAUUUCAUUAUCAGAGCAUCGAUCAAAAAAAUCAGUGUAUGUAGCUAUUACUCACGACUAGACUAAGCUAAGCCAUCAGUAAGCCUAAAACUUCAAUGGCAUGUUCAUCAUAGAAAUGAAGACUUGCUAAAAGAACGCUGUUCAAAAUAUGGAGUUAUGGAAUAGCUGAAAUUUGAGGGGAGGACCAUGCCUGAAACCCCUUCUCUUUUCAAUCUAACGCCCUUCCGUUACCUUCCGUUUCCUGUGAUAAAGUUUUCCCAAACCCACCGACAACCUAUCUCCUCGCUGUUCUUCAGUCCUAUGUUAUUCAGUCCCCCCCCAACCUCAGUCAGUCACCCUUCAUACUAGCUCCAAAUGUAAGAAGACACGGUCCACAAACUUGCAAAUUGUUAAUGUUGUUUUUUUUUCAACAAAUGAGCUGUCAUCCUGCACAAGAAAAAAGUCAUGCUUUCAACAAAUGACUUGGUAUAUAUUAAUUUCUACAGAGUCUUCUCCAUUUUCAAGUAAACAGAACAAAUCAAGGUCAGUGUAGCAUGUUCCAUGGAACAUCACAAUAUCUUUUUGUAUUGGUUAUUGCAGCACCAUGAUACUGCUCGUACUUCCCUUUUAAUGUUGCUGGCUCUCAUCAAAAAUUGAAUGACUUCCAGCUGCCUUGAAAGUUUUGGUGCCGGCAGUGUGUACGCAGGGUUAUGGAGAGCUUUUUAGGAUUCAGCAUUAAUUUUACUAGCUAAAUAUGUACUUACGGAUUGGUGGGUGCAACUGAAUUUAGUAAAAUGAUCAUUUGAAACUAAGUAGUGGUAAAAUUCUGAGGCAGUUGAGAGCCUUUCUCAUGUGGAGUUGUGUAACAACAAGCCUUUUAAAAAUUUGCUAGGUAGGUACUUUUUGUGAAACAUCUGGGUGAAGUGCAUGUUGGAGCUAAAAAUUUGUAGGUUAAGUGGCUGAAUAUGAUGGUGUCCAAAAGUCUUGGUGUAUUUUUACUUUAUGUUCCACUUGCUGUUACCGGUUUUAACAUGCAUUACAGACCUUAACCUUAGUUAUUCAGCACACUGAAAUUACAUUUGCCAAUUCCAUGUUUUAUGGCUCUAUUUUUAUGAAAAUACCCAAAUAUCCAAAUAUUUCUGUUCAUCAUGUCAGAAUGUAAUGAAGUUUAUUUACUGGAAGGUUCUGGUGACUGGUACAAGCGUCACUAAGCGCUAGAUUUUGGGGGCUGUCUCUACUUUUGUACAUAUGAAUGCAUGUAUGUAGAGCAUAUGCAUAUGUGGUUUUUGAAAACAAAAAUGUAAAUUAAGUAAUGCCAAGAUUUGUACAUUUCAUUUUAAUUUAUAUUGUGUGGUUAUAGAAUUGUUAUUUAAUAGUAACUAAGGAGAUUUAAUUUAACAAUGCUCUGCAAAGCAUUAUAAUGUUGAGAAAGUAUCACUGCAUAUAUGAGAUUGUUCCUUAGCAGUCUAAAGUGGAUAAAGAUAGAAAAGAAAUAAUAAAGUAGUCUCUUGGAUAAUGCAUACACAGUAAAACAGAAAAAGGUGUUUGUUUUUUUUUAAAGCCUGUGAAAACAGCUAAUUGUACCAAAAACAUGUCCAAAACAGUAUUUUCUCAGAAGAGAAAUAAAUACACUGUUGAGUCUA